AAUGAAUAAACUUAGGCACAAUAAUUGUUAACGUAUUCUUGAGGUUUUUUUUUUAUAAUAUUUCCCCCUUUUGAACCUAUCACAUUAAUAAUAUAUUUCAUUCGAAUCGUUUCAAUUACUGUUCUCCGUAUUAAUUUCGGUUCGACGUGCGCAACGAGAUUAAUAUUGUCGAUGGCACCGUCGCGUGCGAAUGAAAUUAAACGACGCCAAAUAUGUGUGCAAUGCUAUAAUAAUGACCCGAGACGUGCGUCGUUAACUUAACGGUUACCGGGAAAUGUCUCAUUUCGUUUUUCCCGAAUUAUUUAUUUCGCAUUUCCGCGACGCCAGACGGACGUAGCCCAAGUCUGUGUAUAGUGUCGAGUUUUAUUCUGACGUUGUUGUCCGAGAGCUCCAAUGCUAAAUCGUCAUCACUCCAGUGUAUUUUACAUUCGACAACAAAGAAUUCUAUUAUCGUGUUGGGUUACGACGUGUUUCCGCCAACUGGGUCAUUCUGGUCCGAUCAAACAUGAAUUUCGUCGUGGAACUGAACAACAAGACCGCCGGUCGGGAUAGAUUAGCAAGAUUUGUUCAAUAUAGUUCAAAAGCAGCAUGGCACUAUAUGGAAAAAAAUAACUUUGAUGACAGAUCGGUUGAAAAAUUCAAAGACCUCGAACAGUCCUUAGCAGCGUUUCGUAAAUUAUUGAGAUUUGGCCGCUUUAUUGAUUCUUUGCAUACUGCAUUACGAACUAUCAAUCAUUCAGAUAAAACUGUCAGAUUUUGUGUGACAUUUUCAAAAAUAGCCCAUUCAUUGUAUUUGUUGUGUGACCAUUUCAUAUGGUUGAGUAAACAUAGUUUUAUACAAAUAAAUACGACUAAAUGGAGCCAAGUAGGCAAUAAGUAUUGGUUACUGUCCAUAGUUCUGAAUCUUGUAAGAGAUGCUAUGGAAUUGAAUAAUUUGCUCAAAGCCAUGCUGAAAAAAAAAAUUUUGAACACUUUGAAUAGAAAAGUUUCUCCCAAAGAUGUUUUUACCGGCGAAGUAAUUCAGUUUGUCCGUAGCAAUAAAGAUUUGUUAAUUGAUACUGUUAAAAAUAGCUGUGAUUUAAUACUACCUUUGACAAAUUUGGGUUUAAUAAGGUUUAGUCCAGGUACAAUUGGUGUUGUUGGUAUGAUUUCAUCGGUGCUUAGUUUGUAUACAUUAAUGGAUCAGAGAGCUAAGUUACCUUACACGUAAAAUAAUAGUUACUUCAGUUUUGUUUUUAUUCAGUCUUUAAGAUUUAAAGACUAUAUUGAAUUCAAGUGUUUUAAGGGAAUAGGUUGUGAUAAAGGUUAUGUAAUCGUUUUUUAAAAUCAAAACUAGUGUUUAUUUAUUCUGGUGUAUUUAAUACUUUAAUAAUAAAAAAA